CAUCCAUCAACCGCCUGCAGCCCUCGAGCUUCAAAGGCGGUUGGGAAAAAAAAAAAAUAACAAGCCGUGGUCCGCGUCAGCCAAUCAGAGCAGUGGUGGGCGUGGUUUCCACCCCCCCCCGUCCCCCACACACAUAAGGCCUCCCGUCAUUGACAGGCGGGAAAGGCGUGGCCACUGGGAUCCGAGCUGGCUGGUUCUCCUCAGCCGUUGCUGCUGAAGGACGGGCGCGCGCCGUGACGUCACGGGCGGGGAUCGGUUCUCCUCAGCAGGCGGUCGAGCACAGUGUGUGACAGCAGGUACACCCCCCAUCCUCCCUCACACCCCCCCACCCCCAGUCUGUCUCUGUCUGUCCGCCCGCCCCAUGUCGGACCGUCCAACCCCCGCCUCUCCUGCCUGGACCGGUCCUGUCCGCCGGGCGGCUGCCGGGAGUGGAUGUUCGCGGCUGGCUGUGACAGGAGAAUGUGUGUGUGCCGCGGGCCCAGGCGGGUCGGUAAGUAGGAGUCCGUCCGUCCCUCCUCUGUAUGGGUGGGAGAGGGAGGGGGGCAGGCCCGCUCGGGCCCUCUCUGGACAGCAAAGGGUUAACGUCCUGUUUAACCCCUUAAUGGCUGCAGAGCUCCCGAUGGUAAGAGUGGGGUGAGCAGCACAUCGUGUGUUCAACUAUCCUAAAACUACAAGUUACCAAUGGGCUGCUCCUAAUAUUAUAAUAAUAAUAAUAAUAAUAACAGGUAGUCCCUGCCAUGUAGGUGUAUUAACCCCAUUGCAUGUCACAGUCCAUGCCAUGUAGGUGUAUUAACCCCAUUGCAUGUCACAGUCCAUGCCAUGUAGGUGUAUUAACCCCAUUACAUGUCACAGUCCAUGCCAUGUAGGUGUAUUAACCCCGUUACGUGUCACAGUCCAUGCCAUGUAGGUGUAUAGCCCCAUGGUGCCAGGCUUGUGAGGGCAUGUUGGCGCAUUCAAUGAGUAGAAGGGGUUUUGGUGCCCGGAGUGUGCCUUUUUUUUGUGAUCCUUGUGUUGAGUGUCAGCGUACCCUUCUGCUAAACAACUGUCACCGAUUGGGGACCUUGCCGAAGUUGCCAAGUCCCCCGACGGUGACAUCACUGCGGGGGGGGCUGGAUGCUGGUAAAGAUGAGUUUACUUACCUGGACUUGUCCCUUGCGUGCUCUGCCAUCUUGGUCCGGUAGGGUCCACUUCGGCGCCAAUAUCAUUGCUGUACUCUCGUGCAUAGUUACAUAGCUGAAAAGAAACUUGCGUCCAUCAGGUUCAGCCUUCCUCACAUGGUUUUUUGCUGUUGAUCCAAAAGAAGGCCAAAAAAAACCAUCCAGUUUGAAGCCCUUCCAAUUUUGCAACGAACUAGGGGGGAAAAAUUCCUUCUUGACCCCAGAAUGCAUGCGCAAGAGUAUAGCAUUGAUAUAUGUAUAAAUCUAUGCAGAAUCUCACAAGACCUCGACCAAGACCUCCAUAAAUGCAGCCAGUUUACUGCAGCUGUCAGUGGUGAUGACUGAGGGUAUUCUGCCGUGUGUCAAAGAAAGAAAGUCAGGCGGAGGAGAAAUACAGAGACAGUCAUUCCUACUUUGUCUCUCUAGAUCUCUUGACUGGAGUGGAAUUCCAACACCGUCAUAAGUAUUUCAUAAAGAUACUAUCUGUAUUAAAUACUCCUUUUUAAUAUGGGGUUGACAGUGCCACAUUAACACAUUGGGAAAUGUUGUAUCUUCAUACUUCGUUUAGGGGCACUAAGGAGAAAUCAGACUUUCAUAAUGGCACUGAGAUCCAAACGUGGAUUUCUUGUGUAUAUAAUUUUAUUGCAGCCUUAAAGGGACAUGCAAAGCACUAUAACCAUUUCUGUGCACUGUAGUGGUUAUGGUGCCUGGAGAGCCCUUACAUUGUCCAGCCAUAAGAAGCUAAAUGUUGGAGGGUUUGUGUGUGUGUGUGUGGGGUGUGUAUUUUUUUUUUUUUUUUUAACAUUGUGACUAAAGCGCACAGCUGAUGAAUUAAAGGGACACGUCAAACCACCUAACAAGUACAUGUUAAUGUAGUGAUUUCUGUGCACAGAUGCUGUCCAUAUGAAACACCAGUGUUUAAAUGUGGCAGACUGACAGCUGCUUGAAGAACAUACUUAAAUUGUGUUCAGCACCAUCAUGCAUGGCAUGAUGCAGAACAUGUACAGUGCUUCUCAUAGACAAACAUUGAAUUAAUGCAUCUUUCUUUGAAGCAUCAGAUUGGUGGAAUGUGGUCUGUUGUCUCCACUGCAUCUCUAAGGACUGGAUUGGACAAGUCCUAAUUGAUCAUGGCUUCCUUAAGGAGACUGUUGGUGCUGGAAUACGUGCUAGUUUUAAGGAGUCUUUAGAAGGAGAGAAGAACCCUCUAACUUCAAAAAUUAAGGCAUUCUAUUGUUAAAGAUUAAUAUAUUUUUAUUUUUACAUUGGAAUGUUCUGUUAUUUUCAAAUGGGGAGAGAACUGAUAUUGCUAAAUUUGCAGUAUUGCAAUAUCACAGAAAUCUGGAUGGACCCAGGGGGAUUCAUGUAAGUAUAAGGGGACCAAUAGAAAAUAAAAAGAAUCUUAAAUGAUCACUUUUGAAUGACACUUGACCUUUUCUUUAUUAUUGUGUGUGUGCCCAUUCCAGUCUAUAGAAUAUGGUGGAAGAAUUGUUUCAGGAAAUUGUGUAAAUGUGGACAUGCAUCGUUUUAUGUAUGAAUGUAUCCGAUUAAAAUUCAUAUUUUGUAAUACCUUUUUUUUUUUUAUUGGACUAACAUACUUUUUUAAUAAGCUUUCGGGAGGACCUCCCUUUCUCAAGUCUGAAGCAUUUCUUAGCAAGACGGCCCAUAAAAUUAAAAGUUGAGUUCUGAUACAGGGGUUUAAAGGAUCAUACUCCUUCACAUCCAGCAAUGUGGUAUACAUCAUUCAAUGCAACAAAAGUCUAUGCAUUUCUUUGGCUGUUGAACUGGCCUCACUAUUGUACAGUAAUUAUCAAAUGGUUUAUAUGGAAGAUCAUGCAAACUCUCACAUGGAAUGCCCAUAGAUAAUAUGCUUUCAUUACAAGGUACAACAGGUAUCUUUUGUGCCAUGUGAUGCUAGUUAAUGGAAAGUUGAUGUUGAUGUGGAGGCACUUGCAGAAGAAGAAAAUAGUCUGUUAUUUCUAAGCAAUACCAACAUGGUCAACAACAAUAUUAUGUAUGUAUGACUCACACUUAAGCAUCCGAUAAUACUCAUGUCUAUCUCAGUAUUAUCGGAUGCUUAAGUGUGACAGUGCCACUUUAAACCUAGCUGAAACUGCUGGCAUAUUUAUAACUCAAAAAAGAGUACGCUGACCUUUUAGGAGAGACCUUCAGCUACACACAAGACACUUGAGUUUCAGUAGAGGUUACUCUGUUUAAAUGUGCUUCAUAUAAGUCCAUGUCUUUACUUCUUUUGAGCCUAUAUUUAUCCUCUUGUUUCUGUUUGUACUUAAGACUACUAUUGAUACAAACUGUUUUGGAUUUAAUAAAAGCUGUAUAGCAAAAUAUAAACACACGCCUCUAUUUAGUUAUUUUGCUAUGCAGUGUUUUGUGAAGAAACCCUUUUGUGUUUCAACUAUGAGAAUUUAAGUUUUGUUAGUAAAAUAUUUGCUUGUUUUGUGUCUAGUGUGUGGGAUUUUUUUUUUUAGGUGUUCAGUGCUAGUUUUCAUGGUGUCUGAUAAAUUAUGCCUCAAUUUUUAACUUCUUUCUUCUGAUGCCUCUCUAGGUAUCUCAGACCAAAGCUGCUAUCCGGCGUUCCUUUUUGAUGCAAUGUCUGUACCACGUCAACUUCUCUUUCCUCUCAUAAGACACUGUGAUCUUGGAAGAAUAUGCCGCUCCAUAUGCUCUUGCCAUCAUAAACAUCUUUGCUGCUUGCCAAGCCAGCCUCCUGCAAAUCCUUUCUUGUAUGGAUGUGGAAAAAGGUUUGCCUCAGCCUUUCACCAUCCCAAAGAAUGUAUUCAAAUCAGAAAAUAUGUCACCACUCCACAGAGGUUUUAUCUAACCCCACCUCAAGUCAACAGUAUAUUGAAAGCCAAUGAAUACAAUUUCAAAGUUCCUGAGUUUGAUGGGAAAAAUCUAAGUUCAAUCCUUGGGUUUGAUAGUAAUCAGUUGCCAGCCAAUGCUCCAAUUGAAGAUCGCAGAAGUGCAGCUACAUGUCUUCAGACAAGGGGGAUGUUGCUUGGCGUGUUUGAUGGCCAUGCUGGAUGUGCAUGUGCACAGGCAGUUAGUGAAAGACUGUUUUAUUAUAUUGCAGUUUCACUUUUACCUCAUGAAACCCUCCUUGAGAUUGAGAAUGCUGUGGAAAGUGGCAGAGCGCUUUUGCCUAUUCUGCAGUGGCACAAGCAUCCAAACGAUUACUUUAGCAAAGAAGCUUCCAAGCUGUACUUCAACAGUUUAAGGACCUACUGGCAGGAAUUGAUUGACCUGUAUACGGGGGAGACUACUGAUGUUAAGGAGGCAUUAAUUAAUGCAUUUAAAAGACUUGAUAAUGAUUUGUCUCUGGAAGCUCAAGUUGGAAAUCCUAACUCCUUUCUCAAUUACUGGGUCCUUAGAGUGGCUUUUUCAGGAGCUACAGCUUGUGUGGCUCAUAUAGAUGGUGUGGAUUUGCAUGUUGCCAACACUGGUGACAGUAGGGCUUUGCUUGGUGUACAGGAGGAAGAUGGUUCUUGGUCUGCAGUGACAAUGUCUCACGAUCAUAACGCCCAAAAUGAGUCUGAAAUAAAACGGGUCAAAUCUGAACACCCCAAAGAAGAAGAAAAGAGUGUUGUCAAGCAAGAAAGGCUACUUGGCCUAUUAAUGCCUUUCAGAGCUUUUGGAGAUGUUAAGUUCAAAUGGAGCAUUGACCUUCAAAAGAGAGUUGUGGAGUCUGGUCCUGAUCAGUUAAAUGACAACGAGUACACAAAAUUCAUUCCUCCUAACUACCAUAGCCCACCUUAUUUAACUGCUGAACCUGAGGUUAUUUAUCACAAGUUAAGACCCAAAGAUAAAUUUCUCAUAUUGGCUACAGAUGGCCUUUGGGAAACCAUGCAUAGACAAGAUGUGGUGAAACUUGUUGGAGAGUACCUGACAGGGGUCCAUCAUCAGCAGCCAAUAGCUGUAGGUGGAUACAAGGUCACCCUAGGACAAAUGCAAGGGCUCCUUAUGGAAAGGAGAGCAAGAAUUUCCUCUGCGUUUGAAGAUCAAAAUGCAGCCACCCACCUUAUACGGCAUGCAGUGGGCAAUAACGAAUUUGGAGCUGUUGAUCAUGAACGUCUUUCAAAAAUGCUUAGUCUUCCAGAAGAACUGGCUCGCAUGUACAGAGAUGACAUUACAAUUAUAGUGGUUCAGUUUAAUUCUCAUGUAAUUGGAUCAUGUCAAAAUCAGGAGCAGUAAAGUUAAAUAUCUCUUCUGUUUACCAAAGAGGUACAGGAGAAGGACUAUAGUAAAGUUGAGUUGCCUGAAGUCUGCUUUGAGAUUAAUACUCUAAUCAUAACAUAAUAAUUUUGAAAAGGGGACAAUAUUGAGACAGCAUGAUUACAAAUUAUUUUUCUUCUAAAGCACUGUUUUGCCUACUGAUAGCUCGACACUAUCAUUGCAAGUUAUGCAACUUUGACACUACAGAUAAUAUUUGCAAGCAGUUUUAUUCCGGACUAGUUCUUUUUAGGAUCAGGUAACCGGAUGAAUGAAAUAAACCAACCUGGGGAAUUACGCAGUCUAGAAUUCUUUAAAUUCAUCCCACAGCCUUUAUUUAAUGUCCACAAUGUUCAGCUCGUUACAAUCAGAAGUACUCGUUACAAUCAGAAGUACUCUGAAAGGUUAAGUGUAUCGGUGUAAAAAGAAAAUUAACUGCAGUAUGACUUCUUUGGGUUCAGCCAGCACAAUUACACCUUCUGAAAAUCCAUAUUAAAAUUUGUACUUCUGCUUAUUAAUCAUACAUAUCCAAUCUUUAAACUGUGUUUCAAAUGUAUUCAUAUAAACCAUGUUAGGUCUGUAGAUUUUAAGGAUGACUCAAUUUUCAGUUCUUUAUGUAGCUUUUCUUUUGUUCCAGAGAAUAAAUCGUUUUCAUCUGUACUUUUUAUACUGCAAUUUUUAACCGUAUAUAUCUUGACAUUUUAAUGGUUUUUGUUUUCCUCUUCCAUAUGCACUACUCAAGCCAUAGGUCAAAUGGGAAAUUGUUUCAGGACAAGAGUCCCAGAACAAAACUUUGGUCUGCAACAGAUCUGUUGUAUCUCAGCGGCUUCAUCUGCCAUAAAGAGGGCUUGUGUAAAGGGGUACAGAUAAGCUGUUUAUGUAUUGUACUUUACAUAUGUCUUUGGGUGUAAGAUGGAGAGCAAACUAGUUUAGGAUUUUGUUCCUUACUGCUGCAAACACCAAUGGUAGUGACUUGAGGUUUUCUGAGUAUUCUACUGGGGAAAAAAAUAGUGUGUGUUUUGUAGCUUAAAAAGCUAUAGAUAUGUCACUAAACCCAGGAAGAUUUUUGACAUGGAAAAUUCUCAAUUCCCUGUCCAGUUAAUAAAGUUCAUUGGGACUUGUCUAAUCACCCCAUUACACAUGGAAGAGUUAAUUUGGUACCCUUGGUUUUACUGCUUAAUGCAUUGUGUAAUGUAUAUUUCUAACUUGUGAUAACCAUUUUAUCUUAGGCUUGUGGGACAACUCCCCACCUCCCCCUCCCAGCAUCACUGUAUUUUCCAAUAUUGUUUGAUUUACGAGUGUGUUGGUCAAAUGACUUGUACAGUACCACAUAGUUAAGAAAACAGUCUAACUCGGUUGAGUUAAAACUUUUUCUUUUAUAUUUGUUACAUGUCACAUUGCGGUAGAAUAUGCUAUAAAGCCAAUCUUAACUUUGACAAUGGCCUGCUGUCUGUAAUCUUAAUGACAAACUAGAGCAAUCUUGAGCUAUGAUUGCAAGCUUUAUCACAUUAGACUGUUUAUAUUUGAUAAUGGUACUUUGAGGUCCAGCACUGCAUGAACAAUGCUAACUACUUUUUGGCAUGGUCCCUAUAUUCAGAUAUAUGUAUAGGAAUAUUAUAGAAUCUACCCCUCUGCAAAAGCAAAUGCAUAGGAAUGUCUCCUGUUUUUUGUUGCAUUAUUGGAGAUGGCUUUUUAAUUUUACUAUACAUUUUGAUUGCUCAACCAGAACAUCUCUAACUGCAUUUAAUCUGUAUUAAGGUGUGCAUAUCUAUCCACUAGAAACAGGGUACAUAAAUCCUGUGGGUGAAUGGGCUUGUUCUAGAAUUACCCCAGUCAUUUGCUUUUGUAAAUAUCCUUUUAAAUUAUAUACCCAUCGUGUGUGUAAUGUCUACAGCUUUGGAAACCUUUUUGUGCCCUCCAUAAGCGUGUCUACCCCGGCAACACAAUCUUCUUUCCAACUCUUUGCCUCAUUGCUUGCAUUCUUGUAAUGCACUAGAAUACCUAUACUGAAGAGCCUGUUCAGAUGACUGUUGACAUUUUGUCUUCCAUGAACGUUCUCCUGGAUAUUCUCGCUCACUUGCAUUUAUCCAAAAUGUGUAUCUAUUGCAAGAGAAAAUGCUGAUGUCUUAUUUAGAAGGGUAUGUAAAUAGAUACGCAAGAAUCUUCCAGCUUCUCUAAGUUGAGUCAGAAAAGCCCUAAGUUGUGCUGGUAACUUCUGGCAUAUGCUGAAUUAUCUGUGGUCAGAGGAGUCUGUUGCAUGCGGCAGGUUUAUGCUAGUGUAGUAAGUGAAUUUUAUUUUUGACAGUUGCCUUUAGGUUAAAAUGUAAUGUGGGAUCAAUUCCAAACAGUCAAUGUGAUAUAAAAAUCCUGACCCAUGCAAAACAGUGGUGCUUGUGGUGGUUUCUAUAGGCUAAUUAAAUUUAAUUGAAGAAAUUUGUAUCACACUUGUAAACAUUCUAAAAUUACAUCUCUUUACGAUUUUGUUAUAUUGCUUUUCUUCAUAUCUGGUAAAGAACUUUUUAAAAUCCCAUCCAAAUGGAUCAAUCAGAGGCGUUUCCAUGGCAAUUGAUUUACUUUUUCAUGAACUGCUUUAUAAAUGGAUUAUUUGCCUGGCCUUUCAUGAUGAGUUGGAUCUUAACUUGUCCUGAAUGAUUUAUACAUGGCAAUAAAGUGUGCAUUACAACUUAUGUUGCCUUCGGUGCACUGGUCGGUCUCCUGGUUUAAUAUUAAACUAACUGACCUCUCCUUUCUUGGCUGCCUAGAUAAGGAACUAAUUUUUGUCUUUUCCCAUGUCAAUUUGUCCAGCCGAGCUCCAACUCUGACCAUUUACUCAGCAUCAUAACUACUACAGCAAGCUGUAGUUGUGAAGCUUAGGAUGCCCCUUUGAACACAAGUUUGGAAAAAUAUCUAUCUACUGUACUGUAAUAGUGUUCCAAAAUUAAAAAUGGUUCUGUCGUGACCGAUUUUAUGAUGCCUCUAGUCUUCCUGGACAAUCAAACUACAUUGUUGACCAGUUUACCAAGUGUUCUACUUAAACUAUAAUUAGCUGACCACCAUAGGCUGAAUGAAGGUACCAGCAUGUACAUAAUGUAAACGGUAAACUUCUUCUUUUUACUUAAAACUAACCUCCGAAUUAAGGGAUGGCCAGCGUGUUUCCAUUAAAGAACCACUGGUUUUGUCUUGAUUUGUGUUAACAGAAUAACUUUGCUGUGGAGGUAUUGUAGAGCAGUAACAUUGCCUCUGUCAUCAAAGUAGUUGAGCAUCCAUCCUUUCUUGCUUUUUGUUGAUAAAUGUACUGUAUUUUAUUUAGGUCAAAUAUCCAUUGUUAAUUUCCGUUUUACUAGCUUCACAUGCUGUUAAUAUUGUAUUGAAAAGACGUCAAAUUAAAUCUUUGUUAAAACUGUC